GGGGUUGGUUGACCGAGUGAAUCCGGACCCAGCCAUCAGCCCAGUGUAUAGUAAUAAUCAGAGUCAGUCAUUACAAUUUCACUGCAAUUCACCCUUACAGCGCUCGAAAGAGAAGAAGAAGAAGAAGAAAGCCGAUGGGAGGAGGGUCGAUGGUGGUGAGGUUGGUUUUGAUAUUUACAAUUUUGUCCGUGGCUUCUUCCAUCGAUGACAAAUGCGCUGCGUGCAAUGCGGUCGCGGAGGAGCUCAAGUUGGGACUUUCCAACGAAAAACCCAGAAACCAUUUGGAUAUGAGACACCGAUUGGACUCCACUGGUCAACGGAGAGGGAAGGUAAUCGAUUACAGAGUCAGUGAGCUCAGAGUUGUUGAACUCCUCGAUGGAAUUUGCGAAAAGAUGCAGGAUUAUACUUUUCACAAGAUAGAUUCAAACAGAAAAGAGUGGAUCAAAGUAGAUAACUGGGAUAACCUCACAAUAAGUAAACAAGAAGCUAAAGCAUAUUCAAAGGAUUUAUCGACCUAUUGUGGAAGAUUACUUGAGGAAACAGAAGAUGAGUUGGCAGAAUUGAUAAAGAAAGGAUCUGUAAGAGGAGGAGAUGUAAGCAAGGUCUUAUGUCAAGAUCUGAGUGCACACUGUAGCAGGACAAGUGCAUUGCAUCAGGGAAAUGGAUAUGGUAAUGAAUCCGACGGAGAGCUCUGAGUUACCCACAUUCACAUACUUCACCAGCAAGAAGAGAUAGCACAAGCCAAUUAACUUUUAUUCAGAGUUUGGUCUGUUUAAGUUUUUAUCAAGUGUUAUGCGCAAGCUUCACCAGCAAGAAGAGAUAGCACAAGCCAAUUAACUUUUAUUCAGAGUUUGGUCUGUUUAAGUUGUUAUCAAGUGUUAUGCCCAAGUGACUUGCUUAUUCGGAUGCCAGCAAAUUUGGCUUCCAAACUUAUGCGAUGAUGUACCAAUUUGUUGUCAACUUAUACAAGACUGAUACAAGUUAAAGACACAGAGCUAAUGCAUCUUUCAUAGAACUCAAAUGGAGUUGGUUAAUUUUUCUUUA